CCCCAUGUCCCCUGACGCCCCCCCGCACCCCCCCAGGUGGUGGACAUCAUGCGGGUGAACGUGGACAAGGUGCUGGAGCGCGACCAGAAGCUGUCGGAGCUGGACGACCGCGCCGACGCGCUGCAGGCCGGCGCCUCCCAGUUCGAGACCAGCGCCGCCAAGCUCAAGCGCAAGUACUGGUGGAAGAACCUCAAGGUGAGCCCCCAAAAGGACCCGAAAGGGACCCCAAAAGGGACCCCGAAAGGACCCGAAAUCAGCCAGCCCGAAAAAUCCCCGAAUCAGCCCAAAAGGACCCCAAAAGGAGCCCCAAAGGGAGCCAAAAUCACCCCAAAGGGACAUGGAAUCACCCCAAAGGGAUCCAAAUCAGCCCAAAAGGACCCAAAUCAGCCCAAAAGGACCCCAGAUCACCCCAAAGGGACACAAACUUGCCCCAAAUGGACCCAGAUGUCCCCCCAAAUCAGCCCAAAAGGACCCCAAAAGGAGCCCCAAAGGGACCCAAAAUCACUCCAAAGGGACACAAACUUGCCCCAAAGGGACCCAAAAUUGCCCCAAAGGGAUCCAAAUCAGCCCAAAAGGACCCCAAAAAGACCCAAAAUCAGCCAGCCUGAAAAAUCCACGAAUCAGCCCAAAAGGACCCCAAAAGGAGUCAAACAGCUCCAAAGGGAUCCAAAAUCAUCCCAAAGGGACCCAAAUCAGUCCAAAAGGACCCAAAAUGGCCCCAAAGGGACACAAACUUUCCCCAAAGGGACCCAAAUGAUCCCCAGAUCAGCCCAAAGGGACCCAAAUGGCCCCAAAAUCACCCAAAAGAGACCCUAACUGCCCCCAAAUCAG